CUCUCUGUCAACAAGUACUUAUUAGAAUCGUAAUAAAUUCUUAUAUUUUAAAACCCUAGAUCACUAAUUAAUAAUAUGAUUUGCACUGCUGAUUAAUAGUAUGUAGUGUAUAUCUAAUCAGUGUCUUUUUAUCAGUACUCAAAGCAAGUUUCAGUGAUUAAAGCUCAACAAUGGUACACUAUGACACAAUAGUAAUCGGGCUGGGAGCAGCGGGUGUGACUGCCGCCACUACCCUGAUCCGGGCGGGGAGACGGGUGCUGGCGCUAGAGGCGCAGUCCCGUAUUGGUGGACGGGUCCAUACUGUGCCUUUUGGGAAUGGACUUAUAGAACUGGGCGCUGAAUGGAUCCACGGCAACCAAAAAAGCCGCGUCUUCGACCUGACCACUCAACACAACAUCACCACCGUCCCUCAGAGCCUGAUCAUGGCCCCGUUCCGGUCCGAUGGUUCAGAAGUUGAUGCAGAACUGGUGAACAAGCUGUUGGAUAUAGCUCUGCACAUAGUCGACCAUCCGCCAGACCAGCCUGAACCAUUGGGGACCUUUAUCACUUACAAGCUAAGAGAAUACAUUGCCGAGCACAAGCCAGACCUUCUAAAAGACGAAGACUUUAUAACGGAAUUUCUCGAGUUCGCGAACCUUCUCACCAACAACUACGAGGCGUCUGACGACUGGACGGAUGUGACGACCAUCAGUCGUUACGAGGAGCUGGACGGGCCGCAGCUGAUCAGCUGGCAUAAAUAUGGAUAUAAAACUUUCUUUGAGAUUAUGCUGAACACAUACAAAGAUGGCCCAGGGCUCCCCAACCUGGAUAUGAAGAUGAACACCGAAGUCAAGGUCAUCAGGACGCCGCAGCGCCCCACCGAGCGCGUCACCGUCGAGUGUAGCGACGGCGGCUCCUACGAGGCCGAUAACGUCAUAGUCACCGUGUCCCUUGGGGUUCUCAAGACCAAGCAUACGACGCUAUUUUCCCCACCACUAUCCAAAGAAAAACAAACAGCAAUAGACAAAAUCAGCAUAGGCGUCAUGGACAAAAUCAUUCUAUCCUUUGACGAAAUCUGGUGGCCGCACCACACUUCGUUCUUUGGGUUCAUAUGGAGGGGAGACGACAAGAGGAAAGUGGGCAAGGAUGAUUAUUGGACCACGAGGAUAUAUGGCGCCAGUCGGCCUAUGGGGUCGAGUAAUUCGUUGACGUUGUGGACUAGCGGAAAUGUUGCUAAAGAGGUUGAGACACUGCCAGAAGAGACAGUGAAGACGAAAUGUGUAGAGCUGCUACAGAAAUUCAUCGGCGACACGAUAAGAAUUACCGUUCCGAAACCAUCUGCCAUUAUAAGGUCAACCUGGCACACGAACCCAUACACCCGCGGCAGCUACUCCUACGACAACCUCCUCACCCCGCAAUACCCAGAAGCCCGGGCAUGGCUCGGUACCCCAAUCCCAGACUCAUCGGGCGCCCCUAGGGUACUGUUUGCAGGGGAAGCGACGAAUUUGAAUCAUUUCAGUACGGUGCACGGUGCGAGCGAGACAGGAUAUAGGGAGGCUAUGCGACUGUUGCCACACACUAGUAAAAUAUAACUUAAAUGUGUAAAACGAAUGUCAAAAUGACACUACUGUGUGGUAAAACCGGUACAUAUGACCAUUUUGAUACGUAUAAGUUUGUUAAAUUUGUGUUCCCGCUAGACAUACCGAAGUGUGUGGCACUUACACAAAUUUUUACGGUACCAAAAUUACCGAUAAUAAUUUGAAAACUACUAUUAAUACCGGUACUUCUUUGAAAUACUACCGUAAAUACCGUAAUUAAAUAUAUCAAAUUACCGGUAUUGAUAUUGCUCACCACAGAUAACAGCAAAGAUUUUAUAGUAUAAUACCGAAAUUUAUAACCAUGAUGAUAAUAUUUUUCUAUUCUAUACCAUUUUGAUACAAAUGCACUAUACAAAUAUAAUAACUAAACAAAAAAUACCGGAAUUUAAAAUACCGUUAUUGAGUUUCAGCAGCCAGUGUACAAAAUUACCAGUAUUGAUGUAUUCUUAUGAGAGAAAAUGUGUUCUUAUGAGAAAAAUAAAGGUCUUUAUUAUAUAGCUAAAUCAACAAAAGUUACCGGGUAGUAACAUUACCGUUAUUGAUAUCGUUAUCAAAAUUACCGGUACCCAGAUAUUAAAUAUCGGUAUUGAAAUUGCCGAUACUGGUUUUAAUGUGACUAAAGCUAUAGGAAUGUACAACUUCAUUACAUAUUAGGGAAAUAUAUUUUUACUGUAUGGAUGCCAUUUAUUUUAUCUGCAUUUUAUACUUGGUCGUAAAUUCUUGAUACUUAGGUAUAUUUUUAUUAUUUUUAAUGUCAUAUUUUGUAUUUAGAAUUAAGCCGAAAUGACCUUUAAAUUUUGAAGAAAUAAUAGGGAGAAUGUUGCAUACUCUGGCAAACGCAUUUUGUCAGUAAAAAAGGCACGAAAUUUCAAUUUUCUGAUAGCACAACCCUUCUACUGAUAGAAAUUGCUUGCCAAACUGUAGUCAAAAAUUGCCA